AUGAUGGACGCGAGCGGGAACCGAGCGACGGCGGCGAGGGAGGACGUAUCUGGGAAAAGAUGGCGCGAUGUGGAGCACGCGAGGAAGGAGCUGGCCUCCGUGAUCGAGAGGAUCGAGGGGACGAGCGGCCUCGCCGACCGCCCCGUGAAAUAUUUUCGGGCGCGGCGGCUACUCGCGCGCCCAACGAAACCUCGGUCGAGCCUCUUCCCCCUCCUCCUCCCAACAAUAGGCGGGAGACACCUGUGGAUCCUCGCCUCGAUCCUCGCUUCGAUCCUCGGACGAUCGGCUUGGAAUUACGGGCAAGCCGCGCGUCACCACAAGUGUUUGGCCGAGCUGCCCCCGUUCACGCAGAAAAUAUUCCGGCCGGCCGAGGAUUGCUCGAUCUGUACGGGGGUGGAACAGGUGGACAGGAUAUUCGACGUGGAUCCAUCCGCUUUCGAGGAACGAUACGCCUAUUCAGGAAGGCCCGUAGUGGUCGUGGACGCGACUAUUAAUUGGACGGCGACGGAGGUAUUCUCGUUUCAUUUCUUCAAGUCGUUGUACGAGGGCGUGGACGGGAAUUGCCAAUUUUUCCCGUACAGAACCGAGUUCAAGAGUCUUCGGGACGUGUUCGAGAUGAGCGCCGACCGAUCAUUGUUGGAGGAGGGGACGGAGCCUUGGUACGUUGGCUGGAGUAAUUGCGACGAGGAAAUCGGCAGUUUGCUAAGGCAGCAUUACCAGAGACCUUAUUUCCUUCCAGCCACGGCAGAGACGGAGAAGACCGAUUGGAUUUUUAUGGGUAGCCACGGAUAUGGGGCCCCUAUGCACGUCGACGACGUAGAACACCCCUCGUGGCAGGCGCAGAUCAAGGGCGAGAAAUUGUGGAUUCUCGACCCUCCCAGGGAGUGUCAUUACGCUUGCAACAGAUUGGAGGUGGUUGUGCAUCCCGGUGAAAUAAUUGUUCUCGACACGAACCGCUGGUACCAUCAGACGGUAAUCGUGUCCGAAGAGAUGAGUAUCACCAUCGGUGCGGAGUACGAUUGAAACGGCGAGACGAUCGUGC